UCCUUACUGCAACACUGUUCUAGUUUGUUGUUUUUUUCUUUUCUAUGAGUUGAAACGCAAAAAAAAAGCAAUCAAUUCAAACCAGGAGAGACUUGGUCCGGUGCUGUAAUUUAAAAAGGAGACCUGCCUCCCGUCCAAUUGGGGAGGAAUUGAAGUAAACUCCGCCCCCGUGUGGGCACCAGCCCCGCCGGCUCCGGGAGGUGGGUCUUCGGGAGGAAGAAAGGAAGAGGACUUUUCGAAAUGGGAAUGAAUGCAGAUCUCGCAAACACGGGGGAAACAAAGAGCGUCGCAGAAGGAGGAAGGCUUGACUCGCUUCCCGGCGGAGCACCUUGAACAAAGCCAGGCGCACACAUGCGCUCUCAGUGCCCGCACAGGUACCGCUGCUGUACUGGCCGGGAGGGUAGAGGAAGGCAAGAGGCUGCCCUGUUACUCCAGUGACCUUACCAGCAGAUGUGGGAAAGAGAAAGUGAGGCGAAGUGAAGUGCAAAAGGAGGAAAGGAGCUGGGACCUGCAAGGCGCUGAUCCGGGGGAUGUUGCGCUCUUCUUGCUGACGCCGGAACCUCCGAGGGGGUAGUGGACUCGGACCAGUGGAAACGAAACCCGGAAAGGACGCGACCAGGGGAUAUCUCCGUGGGGGGUUCACUGUGUGGACGCAGUAUCACACGUGUCAAAGUCCUGUCGGGGAAAGCGCUCGCCACCUGACGUGCCCCUGUCCGUGGGAUUUAUUGCAGCGAACUUCCUUCAAAGACUGGAAAGGAAGCUCCUCGGGAAAAUCUGAGUUUUGUUUUAAACGGACAGUUGUUUGUUUUUUAAACUAACCGUUUAGAAAUCGCUACCAGCCUUUUUGUUGUGAGGAGCAUGUAGAGCCCCCCCCCCAUUUCAACAACAGAUGCGUCUCGGCGAAUUUACAGCCCGAUUCCCUAGGGCAGUGACAGAAGUUUACUUCGCCCCGAUUUUGUCCUUUCAUAUCCUCGUUCCGCGCACCCCGUCCGGAGAGAGGUACUUGAAAUAGCCGGGGACGAGAUCGUUUUGAGCAGGACUGCCUGCCCACGACUAUUCUUUGUGGUUAACGCGUUUCGCCUGUGACAAGAGCUCUUUCAGCUGCGAAGUGUCAUUACAACGACGCAUCGUCACUCACCAUUCUCCGCUGUUCUGCCCACGGGGUUGAGAGCUCCGAAGUUAUCUCGGGAAACAUCUCCCUUUGUACCAUAUUAAGCUAAGCCCCUUCUUAAAUAAAAGGAUUAGGAGCCGAGGCACCGAUGAGCACCUCCAGCCGCUGCCUGAAGUCAGUGGUGUGAGGCGCUGCCCUGUGCUGAUCUGUUUUCCACAGCUCUCUCACCUUACUCACCCCAGCAGACGCGCAAACACCCCACACGGCGUUCCGGAGUCAGCCGAACACUUCACAGCGGGGUCCGUGGACGGCGGACGGGACAGACACGUUUUGGAGGCACCAUUACAAAUUCAAUCUCGGUGUUGUGGAAACUGACAACUGGCGUGCGAUUGUGAUUUAUUCCGGCGUUGUGAAGCUUCGGAAAGCGCUCUCUUGAAGCCACCGAUACAUUGCAAUUCACUGAUCUCUUGAUUUGGAGAUUGGGGUUCCCCCCCCCCCCGUUGCCCGUAAUAAAUGUCCGUGAUAGAUGUAAAGUUAUUAAAUUAGACCAGGGGCUGUGGUCUAAACAGGCUCAUUCCUGGGCAAUCUUUUUAUACUGGAAAUCAGUUUUUUUUUUAAAAAAAGGAAGUUAACUGAACAGUAUAUCUGACCGUGAUACAGUGUCGAGAAGGAUUAAUUGCGGCGUCCGCGGACUCAAUGGCAGCGAUCAAGAGUGUGGGUUUAAUUGCCGCUGUCAUCGCAUGUAUUUUACUUGGUGCGAGCUCGGCGAGGCGGGUGGUGUCUGUGCAGAGCGGGCCCCUGUACCGCACGGAGGGCUCCCACAUCACCAUCUGGUGCAAUGUCACGGGCUACACGGAGGGCGUGGAGCAGCACUUCGAGUGGUCCAUGUAUCGGCACUCGGCCCCCCUGCAGGAGAUCAAGAUCGUCAGCACCAACGAGGAGAAAUACGCGUACGCGGUCUACGCCCAGCGGGUACAGAACAAGGAGAUCUACAUCGAGAGGCUGAGUGGCGACUCCGUGCUGCUUCACAUCGCCAAGCUGGAGCUGAAGGACGAGGGCGUGUUCGAGUGCUACACCCCCAACACCGACGCAGAGUACCUCGGCAUAUACAGCGCCCAGACCAACGUCACUGUCAUUCCAGACACCCUGAGUGUCGUGUCUGCGGCCCAGACUGUUAACAAAGUGGAGGGGGACUCCCUGCAGCUGACCUGCGAGGUGUCCAAGCAGACCUCUCAGCACAGCCAUGUCUCCGUGGCCUGGUUCCUGCUCGCCUCCGAGCAGAGCGCCCCCCAGGACGUCGUCAACCUGUCCAAGGACUUCGUGCUGCGCUCUGGGAGCCCCUACAAGCAGCGGUUCUCUUCCGGAGAUGUGAGGCUGGACAAGACCAGCAGCACGGCCUACAGAUUGAGCAUCUACAAGCUGCAGCCCUCAGACCAGGGGGAGAUCUACUGUGAGGCAGCUGAGUGGAUCCAGGAUCCCGACAGAUCCUGGUUCGCCAUGACUAGAAAGAAGUCGGAGAAAACAGUCGUCAACGUGCAGCCUACAGACAAGGAUUUCAGCAUUCAGCUCAACACGGAGAGGCGCGCCUACACCGCGGGGGAGCCCCUGGAGCUGCGGUGCAACAUCGACGCGCAGGGCGUCCCCGACCGCUUCUUCUCCGUGUCGUGGGUGUUCAGCAGCUCUCCCGUGGCCCUUGUGGGGCCCAAUGCUGUCCCCGUGCUCAGCGGGGACUACGUCCAGCGGGAAGCGGCGGGCCAGUUGACCGUGCGGAAGGACGGCGACUCCGUCUACCUGCUGAAGAUCCAGCGGCUGCAGCCGGAGGACAGCGGGAAGUACAUCUGCCGGGUGACCGAGAGGGAGAAGACAGCCACCGGGGACUUCAUCGACAAGAGCAAGCGGUCGAGGAACGUCCAGAUCUCCGUCCAGCCGCUGAGAAGUAACAUCACUGUCUCCGUGUCCAGCAACUCCACCAAUGUAAUAGAAGGAGACGCCAUUCACUUCACCUGCUCUGUGCGGUCCACCGUGGACAAGGAGGGGAGCCUGUCCUUCUCCUGGCAGCUGGUGGACAAGCAGGGCUCCACGCAGGACAUCGCGGCCGUGGACCAGAUCGGCACCGUUCGGCCGGGGCCGUCAUACCGCGAGCGCAGCAGCUACGGCGAGAUCCGGGUGGAGAGGGUGCGGUCAGACACCUUCACCCUCUCGGUGUACAACACCCUUCCCAAGGACGAGGGCCAGUACAAGUGCGGUGUGGCGGAGUGGGUUUCCAGACCCGACGGGUCCUGGGAAAAGAUCGGAGAGAAGUCGGCCGGGAAGCUUGUAACUGUCACUGCGGUCGAAUCCAUGUUCUCCAUCGUGGCCUCUUCUCGGACUCCAAGCGUGACCUACAACGAUUCCUUUGACCUGCAGUGCAUCGUCAAGCCCCGCUACAACCGCCUGGUGCCCGUCUCCGUGACCUGGCGCUUCCAGCCCGCCAACGGCACCGAGUUCCGCGACCUGGUCACCUUCACCCGCGACGGCACCCUGCAGUGGGGGGGGCAGCUGUCCGGUUUCGGCACCAGGACCACCAUCGACAAGUCGGCCUCCAGCAGCAACUUCCGCCUCGGCGUGAGCCGGGCCAGCAGGCGGGAGUCGGGCACGUACCAGUGCUCCGCCGAGCUGUGGAGGAAGAACUACGACGGCACCUGGGCCAGAGUGACCAAUCGCACCUCCAACCCGCUGGGCAUCACGGUGAUGAAGCCUGUGAGCAAACUGCGCGUCAGCAAGCUGGACCAGAACCUGGAGCUCCUGGAGGACAGCCGCGUCCGCCUGAACUGCUCCAUCACCGCGCGGACGAGCCCCGAGUCUCAGUACACCGUGCUGUGGUACGCCAGGAAGGCGGGCGAGCCGGACGCCGAGCUCCUGCUCAAGAUCAACCACAACUCGGCGUUCGAGUACGGCACGUACGCGGAGGAGGAGCGGCUGAAGAGCCGCGUGCAGUCGGAGCGCCUCUCGCCCCAGCUCUACAGCCUCACGCUGCACCAGGCCGAGCUGAGCGACAGCGGCACCUACUACUGCCGCGUGCACGAGUGGCAGCUGGACCCCAACAACGUCUGGUACCAGCUCGCCGAGGAGACGUCGGGGUUCACCGAGGUGCUGGUGAAGCAGCCAGACAUCCGGCUGCAGGUGGAGGAGUCCGAGUCCAACCUGACCGUGGUGGAGAUGGAGGCCUUCCGCCUGGGCUGCAGCAUCCCCUCCCAGUCCAGCAAGGACUCCCGCUUCUCCGUCUCCUGGUACGUCCUCCGGGCGAAGGCCGGCGCCGGCGAGGGGCCCGAGUGCAUCUUCUCCAUCGGCCACGACGCCGUCUUCGGCAACGGCAACUGCAGCCCCUCCGAGGGCUCCGGGCCCGGCUCCCGGCUGCAGUUCGAGCGGCCCUCCGCGGAGCUGUACAGCCUGACGGUGCAGCGCGCCGGCCUGGCCGACUCGGGCAGCUACUACUGCCACGUGGAGGAGUGGCUGCUCAACCCCAGGAACGCCUGGUACCGCCUGGCCACCAACAACUCCGGCGCGACCCUGGUCGACGUGCUUGAGCGAGGUACGUCUCUGCAGUCGGUCAUCUGUUCCAAUGAUUCUCUCUUCUACUUCGUCUUUUUUUACCCGUUUCCCAUUUUCGGGAUCCUCCUCAUCACCAUUCUCCUGGUGCGCUACAAGGCCCGCAACUCCAGCAAGAACUCGGAGGGCAAAAACGGCGCUCCGCUGCUCUGGAUCAAAGAGCCGCACAUCAAUUACUCCCCGACCUGCCUGGAUCCUCCCACACUCAGCCUCCACCCGGGCUCUGUGGAGUAAGACAGUGGGGGACCCCUGGAAGAUGGGUUUGUUCGUGGACCAUGAGAUUAACCGUGGGCUGCAGUCGCUGGCUGCAACUGCUCUCCAGUGUCUCAACGCUCAACGUCUCCUGUCCAUUCCUGUGACCUGUCAGUGAGGCUGCGCUGGUUAGAAAUUAGAAGCAUUGUCAUGCCAAACAAGCCAAACACCAACUUCCCCACAAUUCCCACAGCGUUAUUUCACCCUGAGAGGUUUUGCAUCCCCAUUGCUUUCAAAUCGGGCACCUUUCAUUAACACAACGAGAAAAUACUGGGGACAGGUGACACUUGCCAAAUCAUCGUCUUUGCAUUCUUUUCAUUGCUGUUAAGUGUCAGUGAGGUUUUAUGUCUGGUUUCUUUUUGAUUGCUUGUCAUUGUUUCGGUGAUUGUUUUGUGCAUUGUACAUAUCAUUGAUUAUUUAAUUUGUUCUCCACUAACGACCACUAGAAUGUGCCACUGUAAAUCAUCAUCUGGACACAGACAUGAGUGGAAAAGCGAUCUGUCAGUGGGAAAACAGUGGUCUUCCACUGUACGCCUGUUAGCAGGAAAGAAACGGCACUGAAAUAGAGUGGUGGUGGCCUCCACAUCAACUUGGACUGGCACUGAAGUGAUGUUAAAACAGUUUAGAGGGACUUGGCGGCUAAUAUUGGAAAAAAAGAACUUCAGCAAAAACAUGGCCUGUUUCCAGUGCCAAAGAAACCAUGCUUCCUUUGAACAUGUGAAACUGUUCUGACUCCAAGUAUAAUCUGAGGUCUGCACUGGCUUAAUGUUAUGGGUCUACAGAUGAGCAAAAACAUCUUUCUUAAGCUAGAGCUUCUAAAAGCAAAAGGAGCUGAGGGUGUCGAAAUAUCGUCCUUUUUGUGCCAGACUGAACAUUUUCACUGAACAUGGGCGUGACAUGAACCUCCUGAGCUGAGAGUGGGAUUUGAAAAAGCAGAGACUUUUCUGAAUUAAAAAAUCUUUGAAAUCCCUCGUGUGCUUCCUCAGAAAUUUGCAGGAAGUUCAGAAGAGAAAAGGGGCUCAGACAGACUUUUUAUCGGGUUUCCUGGCAAUUUUAUCGACCGCUGACCCUGUAUAUUUCUGAAACAUUAUGGGUAUCGGUGAACGUAAAGCGGAUCUUUUUUGUGAACCUGUUGUUGUAUUAAUCUGUGCAGCUUGAAGAGAACAAAUGUUUCAGCUCAUGGCAAUCAACGCAGUGUGAUCGCAGUGCUGAUUCACCUGACAGUGUAAUUGAAUUUAAAUUGUGAAUUAAAUCAAGCGAGAUUCAGUGAUCAUUUUUUCUGAACAUACGCAGAAACUAAAAAUGAAAUGUUGCCCAUUUGGGACAUUUUAGUGCCAAAAACUGGCGUACCUGUCCUAGUUGUAGACUUGCCUAAUUCACUCUAGAUAGACAUUAGAACAGGUCAAAAUUCUCUCUAUGUGCUUAUAUGAUACUGAGGAGGAAAAGAGAAAAGUUUCUAGUACACUGGGGAUUUGGGGUUUCAUAUCAACAUCACAAGCCCUGAAAAAAACAAAAUGGUAAGUAAGUAUUAAUAAUCCAAACUUUUUUAAAGGGUGUGGCAUCUGUUAUUUCCUUUUCUUUGGUUUGAUUAGCUGUAAGAAUGACUUCAUGCAGUAUGCCUUAAAUGAUACAUACAGGAAUAACUGUAUAACUAAAAACUUCAAGCUGCGCAACAGGGCGGAACUUCUAAAUUGAUGGCCAUUUGAAAUCAGCAUACAGCAGGUUAAAGUUCCGAUUCAGACAACUGAAAUGUUAUCACCUGCAUGAAAAGGUUUGUGUACUGGCAUGCAUAAAGAGGUUUUUGUUAAUCCACCUACUCAUCUACAGGGAUGUGUGCUCUUCAGAGGAAUAGAGCUGCAUUUUCAGAGUGAUGUGUAAUGCAAAGACAUUCUAGUGACAGACAUCAAAAACCUGGAAUUUAGGUUUGAAACAAGCACAAGGUCAGAUAUAUUGAAUGGUUUUUUUUGCUAGAAGCUAAGGAGAUUGUUUUAUCAAAACUUCAAGUUAACCGUUUCAUCUGUAGUUGAGCAAGAUAUUUCGCAAUAUUUCUGCUAGGUUUUGUGAGAAAGCACAGUCAUUAGCUGAGCACCAGUUGGCACACGUUGUCUGGCAACGCUGGAGUUUGUCAUCAUCCGGUCCUCCUCUCAGUUUAGCGUCACGAGGUCAGAACCGGCCUCUGUGCAUCCUGGUGAGGGCCGGGUAAACGAAUGUUCUGCAUUGUGUUGGAAACCAUGCCAAUAAAUUUGCUCUUUAGACAGUGUGGUAAUGUACAUUUGCUCAGAAUUUUUAUUUUUUAUUGUAUUUAUUAAGUGUGAUACCUAGUUAAAUGUGUGGAAGCUUUAUAUAUUACAGCUACAAAGAAGUGGAUUCCGCUGCAGGAUCUUACAGUUGAUGUUAUCUUCUUUUUCACAAAGUGAAGCAGACUAAUUGUGCCAUCAACACCAAAUGUACCCAGUGGAUUUGUCAUCUAGACUCACACAGUUUGUAUGGAAUUCAGUGACGUAAAUGGUUGGGUCAUUCAUGCGACACAUGACCCUAUGGAUGUAGGUUCCUUAGAAGAACAGAAUAAGAUAGAUGUCAAAAUAGGACAAGUCAAACUUUGAACCCUUUGUGUGAGGGGUUUAUUUUUUAGGUGAUUCCGGUCAGCUUUAUUUUUCUUCCUUUCUAACUUGUUUCAAAAUGUAUAUGCAUGAUAGCAGGAACAUUUUGGAUGUUUCGUGAUUUUUACAUUCUACUUAAAAUAUUGCUCUGGAUUGUGUUCUCUGUAGUAGGUACUGGCUUGAAAGUGGCUGUAGAAACAGUAGUGGUGUGCAUUCGGUGAAGCCAGUGCUGCUUAUUUACAUGUUGUAUUUUUAUUUUUUUAAACAUGAUUUAUUCAAACAUAGUGCACUGAACUAAAAGAAAAGUACGUCGGAAUAUUUUGUAUUUUGCUUUAUUUUUAUUUUCGUUGUAGCAAGUGCUUUCACAGGCAGAUUGGGGGUGGGGCAAUCUGAGAUCUUUUCAUCAUUUACUGUACAAACAUACAAACAUUUUUAAUAUGCCGUGUUUCGUUUCGCUCACCGAUCUAGCUGCAACUCCAUGGUGAGGCUGCAAGUAAUUCAGCCAGCAGUUCCUCUCAUCCAGAAUUUGUACAAGAAAGGUUUUGACUUUUUGAAUGUGUUUUUAUUUCCAUAACCCUAAUAUUAUCUUUUUUUAAAUGCCUGCAUCAAAUAAGAUGAUUGUACUGUACUGUAUGGCCAGGUCCUGGAAGUCACUGCCUCCUUUCUAUACAGUAUACAGUGCACAUCCAUAUGCAUUCCUUAUUUAAUUUUUAAUGAUUUUAACUUUAUAUUUCAGGUAUUUUGGGCACUCAUUGUGUUUCAAGUUUAAGUCUUUACUUCUGCUAUUGUACUAUUGGACCAUGUUGGAAAUAACAGAGAUUGUGAUGUGGCCUCCACACGCCCUGGGCGGUGCAUUUCUCUGCUGUGUGAGAGCAGUGUCUUUCCUUCUCACAGCUGUAGUUUGAAUUCUGCUGUUUAGCAUGUAUCUUGCACUGGUUCAUGGUUUUAUUCUGUCCACCUCUUGCAGUUGACAGCUUGAAUAAAUGUUCAUUGUUUAUUAAA